CGCCUGUUGAGUUUCUGUCAGACUCGAUUCUGCCAUCAUCAAGUUCUCUCGUUAUUCUUCUAUUCAAUCGGUCGCUAUUUGCGUCUUUCGUUACAUUUGAACGUAUCUAAUAUCCAUCCUAAUCACCGUCGCCAUGUCCACCACCACCACCACCGCGGCUGCCACUGCCACCACGGCAUGCACCAACCUCUACGACUCUCCCAACCAGGACACCACCUGCGCCAUGCCCUACACCGGAAACCACACCGAUAUCAUGAAGAAGUGCUGUGGUGAUGCUCAGAUCGUCAGCUACCACAACGACUGCGGCAUCUACUGUGUUGCCCUCGACCAGACCAUCAGCGAUCUCGCCGACUGCCUCUACGAGAACGGUGCUCCCUGGGAGGCCGUCUUCUGCAGUGUCCCCAAGAGCGUUUCCUCCUCCGUUGCCUCCAAGACCAAGGACGCCGCCGUCCCUGCCUCCGCUCAGGCUUCCGUCAUCUCUGGCGGCGACGAUGACAAGGAUAGCAAUGACAAGGACAGCGACGACAGCGACAGCACUGCCUCUGGUACUGCCAGCUCCGCCAGCUCAACCUCCACCGGCAACGCCGCUGCCGGUAUCGUUCCCCAGUCCAGCGUCAGCACCCUUGGUCUUACCAUCGGUGCUCUCCUGUUCUCCUCAAUGGCUCUCGGUGCCUUCAACAUUUAAGAGCCUCUAGGUUCUUUGUUUGUCUUUCUCGCAUUUAAAACUACAGCCUUUUGCAUCAAUCAUCGAGGCGGCAUUGGCAUACAUCCGGAUAUCAUAAUGGGGUCAUUGUACACAUACACGUUAUUGUAUAGUUAAAAUUGGUAGUCGUUCAUUGCCACAACAGACAAAUUGUCUCCAA